CGAAUAUUUUGAUUUGUUAUAGAACUUUUAAUCUGAUUUAGAGAAUCAAAUCAGAUCCGGAAAGUAACUUAUGUUACAUUUUCUUUAGAUUUAUUCUGUGCAAUCCUUUUUAAUUUUAAUUAAGAGCUAUUGAUAAAAGUAUAUUCCUACAGUGCACUUGAUUUUGACCAAUGUACUUUGAACCAGCACUACGUGGAACAAGAUUGAUAAUUGUUGAUAAUCAACUCGUGUUGUUUAUAUUGAUUAUACAUUACAUAUUUACAUUUUUAUAGGAGCCUUAUGUUGAUCGAUACACUGAUAAAAGAAGGUUCCAAAAACAUGACAAACUCUACGAUGAAACCGUUACUCUUCGACAUUUUUCACGAAUGCUUAAAAACGAAAGCUAGAACUGCAAAAAUGACACUUGUUCAUCAUCCUGUGGAUACUCCAGUAUUUAUGCCAGUGGGAACUCAGGGCACUUUGAAAGGUGUAUUGCCGCAACAAUUAGAAAGCUUAGACUGCCAAAUUAUUCUAGGAAACACCUAUCAUCUCGGAAUAAGACCUGGUCUUCAUGUUAUGCAAAAAGCUGGUGGAUUACAUAAUUUUAUGAAUUGGAAAAGAGCAUUAUUGACAGAUUCUGGUGGUUUUCAAAUGGUAUCACUUUUAGAACUUGCAAACAUUACAGAAGAAGGUGUUCAAUUUAAAUCUCCUUAUGAUAAUGAAUCUGAUUGCAUGCUGACACCUGAGCACUCUAUAGAAAUACAAAAUAUAAUAGGUGCAGACAUAAUAAUGCAGCUUGACGAUGUAGUUAAAACUACAAUAACAGGGCCAAGAGUAGAAGAAGCAAUGCAUAGAACAUAUAGAUGGUUGGAUAGGUGUUUACAAGCUCAUCAGAGACCAAAUGAACAAAGUAUAUUUCCAAUUGUACAAGGCGGACUUAAUCCUGAUCUCAGAUCAGAAUGUGCAAAGCAGUUGAUUCAACGCAAUGUCAAUGGUUAUGCCAUAGGUGGAUUAAGUGGUGGAGAAAGUAAAGACGAAUUUUGGAGAAUGGUACAUCUUUCUACUGAUAUACUUCCAAAAGAUAAACCGCGUUAUUUAAUGGGAGUUGGAUUCGCUGAAGAUUUAGUAGUUUGUUGUGCAUUGGGGAUAGACAUGUUCGAUUGCGUAUUUCCUACGAGAACAGCGAGAUUUGGUUGUGCGUUAAUACGUACAGGACAACUAAACUUAAAACAAUUACAAUACUCGAAAGAUAUAAGACCCAUAGAUGAAACAUGUGAUUGUAGUACAUGUAAAACGUAUACGCGCGCUUAUCUUCAUCAUAUUGUAACGAUAGAAACAGCUGCAUGUCAUUUAUUAUCUAUUCACAAUGUUGCAUUUCAAUUGAGACUAAUGAAAGAUAUUAGACAAAGUAUCAAAGAGCAAAAAUUUCCAGAAUUUAUACAGCAAUUUAUGUUGAACUUAUAUCCGAAUAAGGAAUAUCCAACGUGGAUAAUAAAUGCUUUAAAUGCUGUCAAUGUUACAUUAUUAUGAGAAAAAGUACAGAUGAUCACGUUAUGUUAAUAGUGUAUCUAAUAAUAUCAGAUGGAGUCCCUAGUGAGAAAUCACGUUUAUAUCCUAAAAACUAAAGACUAUUUCAUGUGUAUAAGGUUCCAGGUUUAUUUUUAACGACUUUAUAAACAGAUGAAUGGGUUAUUAGAUAUUUUUAUAUAUUACAGAAAUAAGCUUCUUAAAAACUUUCAUAUAUUUUACAAUAGUUAACUGUAGUUAUCAAUGAUAAAAGCACGCGAAUAAUUUACACUUAUUUCGUAUUUACUAUACUAUUUAUAAAUAAAACUGUCCAUCUUUGUAAUAUCUAAUAAUUUCAUUUUCGAGCAGUAUCAACAUUCAAUUUUUAAUGUACACGUGCUGCCUGUUUGAAACAUACAUUUCCAUUGUCCAGGACUGUAGUAAAUUAGGCACAAGGUAUUAAUGUUGUACAUAACGUUAUCACAUAAAGUCGUCUGAAUCAUAUCCAUUAUUGUCGGUGUUCGAUAUCAUAUUAGAUGUAUUGAAUAAGGAAUUGUAGCUCCUGAAAGUGAUUAAUUAGAAAGUUUUGCAAAAUUAA